GUGAAGCUUGGCGGCGGCGGCGGCGGGCGGGCGCAGAAGCGGUGCGAUGGCGGCGGCGCUCGGCGUGGUGUCUCGGCGUGGGGCGGCCGCGGCUCCCCGGGCCGGGCUGACGAGGCUCCUGUCGGCGGCAGCCGCGUCGGGGCACAAAGAGGCCGGGACCGCUCGUACAUGGAAGAUUCUCUCCUUUGUCGUGGCUCUCCCAGGAGUUGCUGUUUGCAUGCUGAACUGCUACUUGAAGGCUCAGCAGGAGCAUGAACGGCCAGCAUUCAUUCCUUAUUCACAUCUUCGCAUCCGGACUAAGCCCUUCCCUUGGGGUGAUGGGAACCAUACCAUGUUCCACAACCCACAUGUUAACGCCCUCCCAACUGGCUAUGAAGAUGACCAUUAAGCUUGUGGGUUACAGAAGCACUGUGGACCACUUGAGGUAGCUGGACCAGAAUCCACACUGGGACCCACAAUAUAAAUGCUCUGCAUUCCUUGCAUUGUUGAAGUAUGAAAGGCACUCUGGCCUCUGCAGUCCAAAUUGCUGAGGUCACCUAAAAGAAAUAAAAUUAUUCCAUUCGA